AGAUUACCUAUUUUUAUUUUCCUUAUCUUCGUUUUAUCUAAGCCCUGUCAAAGACCCAGCAGGAUGGAAGAAACUUCAUAGAUGAAUUAAGAGUUGAGACCCUGCUUUGAAAACAAACCCAACGACUAAAACUUUUCAGGCACUUCUAAUCGAAACCAAAAACAAUGUCUUGUAGCUCAGUUUCUUCUUUUACUUCUCUUUUUGUCCCUCCAAAAAGAUCAUCUUUGUCCAAUCCUAAGCCCAGAUUCAUCCACUGUUCUCUUGGAGGGACUGUAGUAGAACCAAAAGCUACUGCUGCUGCUGAACCCCUGUUGCUCAAUGCUGUUCGAGGGCAUGACGUUGAAAGACCACCAGUUUGGCUUAUGAGGCAAGCAGGGAGGUACAUGAAGAGCUAUCAAAUUAUCUGUGAAAAGUAUCCUUCCUUUCGUGAAAGAUCGGAAAAUGCUGAUCUUGUCGUUGAGAUUUCACUGCAGCCGUGGAAUGUUUUCAAGCCUGAUGGGGUGAUUUUAUUCUCAGACAUUCUUACUCCUCUCUCUGGGAUGAACAUACCUUUUGACAUUGUGAAAGGUAAAGGUCCGGUUAUCUUUAAUCCUCUAGCCACUGCUGCUGAUGUUGAUCAAGUGAGAGAAUUCAAUCCUGAGGAUUCAGUACCAUAUGUUGGUGAAGCAUUGACAAUCUUGAGGAGAGAGGUAGAUAACAAAGCUGCAGUUCUGGGUUUUGUUGGUGCUCCGUUCACUCUAGCAUCAUAUGUGGUUGAAGGUGGUUCAUCAAAGCACUUCACCAAAAUAAAAGGAUUGGCCUUCUCUCAACCCAAGGUACUUCAUUCUUUGCUUCAAAAAUUUGCAACCUCCAUGGCAAAGUACAUUCGGUACCAAGCUGACAAUGGAGCACAGGCUGUUCAAAUUUUUGACUCUUGGGCAACAGAGCUCAGUCCAGUGGAUUUUGAGGAGUUCAGCCUCCACUAUUUGAAGCAAAUUGUAGAUGCUGUAAAACAAACUCAUCCAGAUCUUCCUCUAAUCCUUUAUGCAAGUGGAUCUGGGGGCUUGGUAGAAAGGUUAGCUUUAACAGGUGUGGAUGUAGUUAGCUUAGAUUGGACUGUUGACAUGGCUGAAGGUAGAAGGCGACUUGGACAUGAUAUUGCUGUCCAAGGAAAUGUUGAUCCUGGUGUUCUUUUUGGUUCGAAGAAGUUCAUCACUGAUCGGAUACAUGAUACUGUGAGAAAAGCUGGUAGACAGAAACAUAUAUUGAAUCUAGGUCAUGGAAUUAAAGUAGGUACACCUGAGGAAAAUGUUGCCCAUUUCUUUGAGGUUGCUAAAGCAAUCAGGUACUAGAAAAGUAGAAGCAAUACGGGAUUAAACUAAUUUCCUACUGAGUAGAGUUUGUAUCUUUAGGUUCUUUUUUUUCCAGCCCUUGAUUCUUCAUUUGUAUUUAUGUUGUUCCUUGGUGGAGAAACAUAGUACAGUAAUAAACUUUUGUUGACAGCUUCGGUUCUUAAAGUGUUGAUAAAAUUUGGCAAUCACUCCUCAGUGCACAGAGUCCUGCCUAGCUGUCUAUUCUACUUUGCUGUUCCUUGCCAUUCUUAUUCUAGCAUGUUGCUAUCUUAUAAA